AUGACCUCUAUCUACAACUUCAAGAAGAUCACCCCCGUCCCCACGGGCGGCGACUUCCUCGACAUCAUCCUCUCCAAGACUCAGCGCAAGACCCCCACCGUCAUCCACGCCAACUUUGCUAUCAGUCGUAUCCGUAACUUUUAUAUGCGCAAGGUCAAGUUCACUCAGGAGAACUUUGACGAGCGCCUCAAGGGCAUUCUGGACGAGUUCCCCAAGCUCGAUGAUAUUCACCCUUUCUACGCAGACUUGAUGAACGUCCUUUACGACAAGGACCAUUACAAGUUGGCUUUGGGACAGAUGAACACCGCUCGCCACUUGAUCGACCAGGUCGGCAAGGAUUACGUUCGUUUGCUCAAGUUUGGUGACUCGCUCUACCGUUGCAAGCAGCUCAAGAAGGCUGCCCUCGGAAGAAUGGCCACCAUCAUGCGCCGUCAAAAGGAUUCACUCGCCUACCUCGAACAGGUCCGCCAGCAUUUGGCCCGUCUCCCCUCCAUCGACCCCAACACCCGUACCUUGCUCGUCUGCGGUUACCCCAACGUCGGAAAGUCGUCCUUCAUGAACAAGAUCACCCGUGCCGAUGUCGAUGUCCAGCCCUACGCCUUCACCACCAAGUCGCUCUUUGUUGGUCACAUGGAUUACAAGUACUUGCGCUGGCAAGUCAUCGAUACCCCCGGUAUCUUGGAUCACCCCCUGGAGAACCGUAACACCAUCGAGAUGCAGUCGAUUACCGCCCUGGCCCAUUUGCGUUGCGCCGUCCUUUACUUUAUCGACCUCUCGGAGCGUUGCGGAUACAGCAUCAAGGAGCAGGUCUCUCUCUUCCACAGCAUCAAGCCCCUCUUUGCCAACAAGCCCGUUAUGCUCGUCAUCAACAAGAUUGACGCCAUGAAGAUUGAGGAUAUCAGCGCCGAGGACCGUACUCUUUUGGACAACAUUGUCGACAACGAAGGCGUUGAGAUGAUGGGCAUGUCUUGCUACACCGAUGAGGGUGUCAUGAACGUCAAGCAAUCUGCCUGCGACCGCCUCUUGCAGGCCCGUGUUGACUCCAAGAUGAAGGGACACAAGAUUAACGAUAUUCUCAACAAGAUUCACUUGACCCAGCCCCAGCCCCGUGACGACAACCCCCGUCUGCCCUUCAUCCCCACUGGAGCCGAGAGCAAGGCCAAGUACGACGCCAAGGACCCCAACCGCAUCAGACUGGAGCGCGAUUUGGAGGCCGAGCAGGGUGGUGCUGGUGUGUUCAACGUCGACCUCAAGAAGAGAUAUCUGUUGGAGAACCCCGAGUGGAAGUACGAUGUCAUUCCUGAGAUCUGGGAGGGCAAGAACGUUGCCGACUUCAUCGAUUCCGACAUUCAGGAGCAGCUGGAUGAGCUCGAGCGCGAGGAAGAGAGACUCGAAGCCGAGGGAUACUAUAAGUCUGACGACGAGGAGAUGGACUCGGAGGAGGAGGCUUUGGAGGCUACUGCCAACGCCAUCACAGAGCACACUCGCCUUACUCGCAUUGCGGCUCGUCUCAAGACCACCAAGAACCGCCCCACAUUGCCAAAGACUGCCAUCAAGCGCACUGUUGGAGAGAUGUCGACCCAUUUGGAGCGUAUGGGAUUGGAUUCGAGCAAUGCUCGUGCACGCAGCAGAGUCUCGAAGCGUGCUCGCUCGGAGAGCCGAGGAGAGAUCAUUGCCCGUCUUUCAUCGACUGCUCGCCCCGAGACCAGUGUUGUUCGGGACCGUACCAUGUCCGGAGUCCGCAACGUCAAGCAGAAGCUCGAGUCGGAGAAGGUCCGCAAGCUGGCCCAGCGUACACCCAACUUGUUUGCCAAGAGAGGAGAGUCCGACAGAGCUGUCCAGACCAAGAUGCCCAAGCACUUGUUCUCGAACAAGCGUGGAAACGGCAAGACCGACUGGAGGUAG